CAAAGAAGGCGGAGGUUCACUUUCAACUACAAGUUACAAGAUUCAACCGACGCUUUCUUCGUCGUCGUCUUUUUAUUUUGUCCGUUUACCAAAUUGAAGGCCGGACCCAACGACCACUGCAUCUUCAAACUCUCCAACUCUCCUUCUACCGGCACCUCUCUGCUAUGGCAGCGGCGGCGGCUGAGCCGAUUGAACUGCCUCAACCUCGAGACAAGCUCCCAAUGGACCUAUCUCCAGACUCUGCUUCCUGCUACCCUCCCCAAUCAUCUUCUUCAUCGGCUGACCGCACAGCCGAUCCCAACGAGACUUCUUCUCCGCCUGACGGUUUUCACGAGGACGUCGAAAUUCAGUCAUCUGCAUUAUUGAGAAGUGAAGAAUAUCGGCAGUUGUUUCGUCUUCCACCAGAUGAAGUUCUUAUUGAAGACUUCAAUUGUGCUUUCCAAGAGAACAUACUAAUUCAGGGCCACAUGUAUCUGUUCGUGCACUAUAUCUGCUUUUACUCCAACAUCUUUGGGUUUGAGACAAAGAAAAUUAUCCCAUUACAAGAAAUAACAGCUUUACGUAGAGCAAAGACCGCAGGGAUAUUCCCUAAUGCCAUCGAAAUAUUAGUUGGAGAGAAAAAGUUCUUCUUUGCUUCUUUUCUAUCUCGUGAUGAGGCUUUUAAUCUCAUUAAUGAUGGCUGGUCGCAACAAGGUAAAGGUACCGAGGCAAUUUUGACAAAACAGAUAUCAGUAAAUGAAUCUAGCAGACAAGAAAUUAGUAACCUCGGUAUCGAAAAGGCCAAGGAGCUGGAUCCUUCAGAUUCUUCUGACAGGAGUAUGAAUACUCCUAUUCUUAAUGUUUCCAUGGUUCAAGCCAACGUUGAAGAGGAAAAUGGGCCAAAGACCCUACCACCCGUACCAAUUGAUACAAUUCAGGAAGCAGAGCCAAUUCUUGAUGCUCAUGCUUCAACUUUAAGAAAGAUGAUGUGGAAGCAGGAAGACACAGAAGCUCCCAAGGUACCAGAUUGUUAUACCAAAGUUGCAGAAUCAAAGUUCCCGAUAAAGGUGGAGGAUUUCUUUAGUUUCUAUUUUUCAGAUGACGCAGUUGAUUUUGUUUCUUCAUAUCAUGAAAAAUGUGGAGAUAAAGAGUUUAAAUGUUCUCUGUGGCGUACUGAUGAUGUGCUUGGGCCUACACGGGAUAUAUCAUUUCAACAUCCAAUAAAGAUAUAUUUUGGUGCAAAGUUUGGUGGCUGUCAGGAGAUCCAGAAGUUUCGAGUUUAUCGAGACAGUCAUUUGGUCAUCGAGGUAAUACAAGAAGUCAGUGAUGUUCCAUAUUCAGAUUAUUUCCGUGUUGAGGUUCAUUGGGAGGUGAAGAAUGAUGUUGAUGAAUCAAAUAAUGGCUGCAUCUUGAAUGUAUAUGUGAACGUGGCAUUUUCAAAAAGAACAGUGUGGAAAGGGAAAAUAGUACAGUCUACUCUUGAAGAAUGCCGAGAGGCCUAUGGACUGUGGAUUCAGAUGGCAAAGGAAUUGUUGCAGCAGAAACUUAAAGAAAUUGAAGAGGGAAGACCAAGGGGUAGCACUUCGGGGAGUUGUAAAGAUCCUCCUGUUGAAGAAGAAAUAAAUAGAAGCAAAUCAUUGGAAAAGUCAAAUGAGACGAACGACCAAAGAAGAUUAACUGAAUCACAAUGUUCCACUGACGUUGGUCAACAACCUGAAAUCCUUUCUCAAGGAGUUGAUUCUCCUUCACAUGCUUCUUGGUGGAGAGAAUACGUGAAGAAACUUUGCUCUUUGUUAAGAAGUCAAAAUUAUCUUCCUCUUGCCCUAGUUAUCACGUUUGUUGUGAUAUUUCUAAUGCAGUUGAGCAUAGUGGUGCUAUUAUCCAGACCCCAACACAUCCACAUGAGUUAUCCUGACAAUGCAAGUGGCCUCAAAGUCAGUGGUGGAAGAUCGCCUGAUACCAUGGCAUGGUUGGAAAAGCGAAUGCACCACCUUAAGGAUGAGAUGAACAUGGUUGAGGCUAGGCUGGAGAUGAUGCGACGCGAGCAUGCACAGUUAAAAGCACAACUAAGAGAUCUUGAAGAAGUUAAAUGGUAACUUUAAUUUAUUUUAUUUUUUCAAUUCCUCUUUGAGAUUAAUUUAUUGUAUGUUUGUUUUGAUGAUUGGAAAUGAUGAUCCCUCGUAACAAAGGGGAAAGAAUUGAAAUACAACCCAACAUGUGAACCGAAAUGAUUCUCAGGUGAUAAACCAUGGGAACAUUUCUUUACUAGAAACUGGAUUGGUGUAAUAUAAAGAUGAGAUGUCCUUGAUCCACAAAUGUGAUCCUCAUUCUCAAA